GAGGCUAUAAAUAAUACAGUGGAGGAGACAACGAAUCCUUCAAAAACGCACAUGAAAGUUGACCUUACAGCACAUUCCCUAUCACCAAACAACAGAAUCAAUGGUGGACCCAGCCAUACUCAACGUUCCACAGUUCGGCCUGUUACCACAGUACCCACCCAAAAGAUUGGAAGAUAUUCUGAAAAGGAACCAACUACAUUUAUACCCAUCAAACAAGAUUCUGGUGGAACUACAAUAGCAGAGGCAGAGACAAUGCACCAAAAGUCAAUUACUUACACCAAUAAAGAAGACUGGCUAAUGUCAACAAAAUUUCUCCCCACUGUAGUUACCUUAGUAAAGCCAUCAAUUGACUCUGAUGAUGCUGUCCAAGCCCAGACGUCUAAUACCUUUCUGACAACUGUGUCCACCACUCAUAUAAAGCCUACUGUUGGCUUACUGCUUCAGGCCACAGCCUCCACUGCUACACUGCCCAAGAAACCAUUCACAUCAGUACAUUCCCCGGUGGUUGCUCAUAGGAUGAACACUAGUGGGGCUGAUCUAGGAGCUACGCAAGGCAGUACCACUGCAACAGGACAUCAAUCAAAAGAAAGUCCAUCAACGACACCAUCAUUUAAAGGAACCACUACCCUAUUCUAUACAAACAUGACCGAUCUUCAGCUGAGGACACUACCACAAAGAGAAACCCCAGCCAACAUGACUACACCGCACCUGAAAAGCACAACACAGCUAACAAGCACAACGACGAUAACCAAUCAGAAGUCAGAAGGAGCUGCAUCUCAAGAAGCAGGCUCUACCACACGCAGCCAGCAAACAGCGGGGCUCAAACCUUCAAAAAGCACAACAAAACAGCAAAGCACAGCAGAUACAGCUACUUCUGAAAGUACAACUCGUGGACGUGGACGUUUGCUACCGGUGGACAGUGAUGAGAGACAUGUAGAUAAAGAGCAUUCUCUAUCUCGGGGGAAUAUCCCAUCAGUUAAACCUGGACAUACCCCUCCUGCAAAUUCCUGUGCCACUGGUUUGGGCCUCUGCUCUUCUCCUGAACCCCCAAACACACUCAGUGAAAUUGCCACCUCAAACCGGACCUUGUUGGUGUGGGCUGACCUGAGCCGCACGUUGUCGUUUGCCUGGGAGCUGCAUGUUUUUGGCUCUGCUGCCCUCUUCCUGCUUCUCACUGCUGGGUCUGCUUUGGGUUUAGCCCUGGCUCCCAGCAUGCACUGCCCUCACCGUGGGGCUCUAGCACUCACUAAUGGCCUCCUGCUCCUCACGGGUGCAAUCCGAGCCAUUUACUUCCUGGUUGAUCCCUAUGGUUCUCGUCUGCUCUUGCCAUUAUCAGUCACCACAGCCCUGUACACAUUACCCUUGCCUCUGUUAAUAUGGGCGCAUUCUGCAAUGGUGGUGCUGGUGCUAAAAGGGGCUGAGGUGGUUUUGCUGCCUCCACCUCUUCAGCACCCACCUCUUCUGGCUGUGAUGGCCAUUCUCCAAUGUACUUUACUGCUAGCUGCUGACCUUCUGUCACCUGCACUGUCACCUGCUGUACCUGUUGUCCUUCAAAGCCUUACCUUGACUGCUGGGUUGGUACUGUGUGUGGGUUACAUAUUCCUGGUUCUGCCACGGCUCUCCAAUGUCCAGGUAGGCCAUACCAGAGAUAAAGGGCUUGGUAGAUCGAAGAUGAGAGUACUGGUACGUGUGCUAGCAGGGUGUGCUCUUCUCGGGGCACUGUGCUGUCUGUUGCAUGCUUACACCUGCUUUUGGCUGUAUGGACUGCUAGGGGACAGGCGCCACUUCCGCUGGGCUUGGUGGCUGGUUCAGUUCUGGGCACGACUGCUUGAACUUACAUGGGCCUUCUGUCUGUUGGUGCUAAGCUCCUGGGUUUUCUGGAGACCUAGAGGGGGUCAGACAGGGAGAGCUUCAGGACAGGGAGUGGGUGCCGCAGGUGACCUAAACUCGUCCUGCUCAUCCUCCAGUUCUUCAGAUACACACACUUGCUGGGCAAAGAUUGUGCAGAGCCUGAAGGGGAGGCCUUGUAGGAAAUCUGACAGCAAUGGGGUGGGAGGGGCCAGUGGUGGUGGGGUUGCAGGGGAGCUGCCUAAUAACUGGGCAGGGCAGGAACGCUCAGGUGUAGACAUCAGCAAGAGCCUUAUAAGAAACCGAGACCCACCCAAAGAAAGUAACCGUGGACGCAACCAGAGAAGCAUUGAGGGGUCAUCUGGGUCAUUGCUAAGGUUGCAGGCACUCAGUCAACCACGCCAGUGCUCACUGAGCAGCAGUCUGGACCAGGAAAAAGAAUCAGCCAUCUCACUUUACGACUUUGACUUGCGUCCUCCAACCCCAAUUGACCUGACCCGCAGUAUUGACGAGGCAUUGCACCGAGAGCAUCUGUUCAGGGGUGGCAGCCUAUUCCAUCCUCUGGGACCCCCAUCACCACCUCCAUCUCCUGAGACUUGGAUGCGCAGGAAUAGCGAUCCUCAAAUUAUGCUCUCAGAGAGCAGUGAUGAGCAUACUAUGCUGACUGAGUCCUCUGCUGGCUUAAACCGCUCCAUCCCCAGCACUGUCCCAAGCCGGCAGGUAACAGCUCCUCCUACACCCACCCAUCAAGGCCCACGCUGGACCUCUCAAGCUCCUGUGCCUUCUUCCAUUUCCUGCCCCAUCUCCCUGCACCCCUCCCCUAGUAUGGGCCGAGCCCUGAGUCCCAGCACAGACGAUACCAGACCAUUCCUCACCCCUGACCUAGAUAAGGUAGGGUCAGACAACGGAGGGGAGAGGAGCUACUUGAGAGUCAGUCGCCACGAUGACUCAGCGAGUGUCACCAGUGACAUAAUCGAUCUUUGAACUGACUUAAUUGGUCAAAGACCAGUGACCUAGGUAACAACCACCUGACAUUACCUGAAACAUGGACUAACUAUAGUCUGGUGUGACCUGUAAUAAUAAAAAAGAAAUGUCAGCUUGGAGUUAAAUUUAGAACACAUUAAGUUUGCAUGCAGUAUGGAUUAUUUUUAUGAGUCACCUAUUUUAUUCUGGGAAUGUUUGUUCAUACCAUUUGUUUUGCCCACAUAUUUAAGGUUGAGGAGCAAAGUGAAAGAACAAAGUGUGUUCAGAAAAAAAAAACAUUUCCUGAGAUUCAUCAUAGCCAGUUUAUGGAUAUGUAUUAUUUUUUAUUAUUUAUAAAUAGGCUGAGAGUAUUAAUUCAACAUGUCCGAAACAGUUUCAAAUCAUUCGUUUGCAAAUAUUAGCUGAUGGUUGUUGUAAAUUUUAGGAUGAGAAACCUUUUUUUUUUUUUUUUUAAAGCUUGGUUUGGACUUUAUUUGUAAAUGAAUGAAGUUCAGAGACUUAAGGUACAUCUUGACAGUGACUGAGAGACUUAAUCCAUGUUAUGAGAUUAGAAAUUGUGUCUGUAUAACAUUUUUUUAUAGAGGGCGGACGCUAAAGUGAUAAUAUGACACAUGAUAAUGACACUUUUUCAGAUAUUUUGUGGAGAGUUAUUUUACUAGGAUUGUUUAGGAAAGGUUUUUUUUUCCAGUUGGUUUGGACUUUUUCCAUAACUGACUGAUAUGGUGUAUCCAGGCACUUAUGUCUUUUAUAUGAAUAUAAGUGUGAGAGAUUUGUGCUGCGUCAUGACAUUAGAGGUCAUGCCUAUAAUGAACAAAAAAAAUCACUGACUGGGGUAAAGUGUUAUUAUAAUACAUAGAAAUAAUACAUAGAACAUAAUAAAAACUAGCUUGACCAUUUGAUUCAUUGUAAUAGCAGACAUUCCAGUCUUAAUACAAGACUCAUGCAACAGUUCAACUUAAUUAGCAUUUCAAGUUAAUUAUAAUUGUAAAUAAUAUUUUUCAAACAAAUAACAUAUAAUUAAUCAUUACUUCUUGUCUUGUGUUUUUGAAGGACCCCACAGUUGCAUUUAUUGCAAAUGGCAUUACUGCAUUUGGUUGUUAUUUUUUCUGCACAAAGUACAAUUCAGCAUUAGAGAAUAUAGAAAAAAUGUGCCAAAUCCACAUAUAGAAAUAUAAGAAAUCUGCUUUUAAUAGUCAUAAUAAGAAAAAACAGGGCAUGUAGAAGCUCUAGAACCUCAAUUACAGUUGUUACAGUUGGAUUUUGAUAAACAUUAAGUAGAGAAGAGUGUAAGAGGAAUACUUUGUUUUAUACUAUUUCUGUCUAUUUUAAAACCUUAUAUUUGACGAGUUCAAGAUAACUUUGAAGGGCAAAAAUUAUUUCAGACAUGCACAACAACCAAAACAUACAGUAUGCAAAAAAAAAAAGGAUUUUUACAAAAAUUAACCUAAUUUCUGCACCACCAUUUCACCCGUGUCUUCACUACUAUUGAAUGACUUCCGAAGACUCAAAGCAGAAGCUUCUCUCCAUUAAAGUUCCACAGUCAUUCUCCAUACCACUAUUAUGUAAUGGUGUGAGCUGAACUAUCAAAACAUAUUUUAGAAUUCAAUCAGCUUGUGAAAUUUAUGCCAUUUCGAGUGAUGUACUCUCAUAUAUAGUGAUAUAUAUAUAUAGAGAGAGAGAGUGAUAUACUCAAGUACAAUGUGGGAAAAACUGGCAACCCACAUACAUUGACCAGUUUUCACUUAUUUACAAAUUAUAUGUAGUUGCUUUUGAUAUCAUUAUCAUUCCUCAGAACAGCAAAAUGGUUCAUCACCUUUCACACAUUAUGAUGUAAACUAGUCUUUCAAUUUUUACUGCAAAAGAAACAACUAAAAGUGAACAGGCUAAUAUUCAGGCAAUGGCUACAGUCAGUACAAACAUGUUGCUAUCUCUUGUAGGAAAGUUAUUUAUAGUAUCAUUCCAUGUAAAAUUUGAUUUCCAAUCAAGCAGUGCAUGUCAAGAAAUCUGAGGUUAUGUGUAACAUAAAAGUAAAUGUAAAUACUGCUAUUUUUGUGGUUUGUAAAUAAGAAUAUGCCAUGUUCAGAAUAACAUGAAAUAUAUUUAUUGUGAAUGACAAUCCUGCAUAGUGCAAGUGUAUUUCCAGGCACAAUACAAGGACUGGCAUUAAAGAGACUCUUAUUUUUUUAAGAAUCCUAGUGAUAUUGAACUUAAACAUUAUGUUUGUUUAAAAAAAAAAAAAAAACAGGGGACAUAUCCCCAAAUAUAAU